AGGGCAGCCGAACAUGGCAGAAGCAGGAAAAGCGGUCACGAGCCUCGGAGUUCCACGAAGAGACGCGGCUGAGUGGCCUUUGCAGCGCUAUGGCCGCUUCAUGCUGUCUGGGACCGGAGAGCUGUCUGGGUCUGGCCCUGAAGCUGGGGCAGCGCCCUCCCCGACGUGGAAGGUUUUUGAUUCCAAUGAAGAAUCCGGAUAUCUUGUUCUCACCAUAGUUAUAUCAGGCCACUUCUUCAUUUCUCAAGGACAGACACUACUGGAAGGGUUUUCACUCAUCGGUAGCAAGAACUGGUUGAAGAUUGUAAGACGCGUGGACUGUUUAUUGUUUGGAUCAACGAUAAAGAACAAGAGCCGCAUGUUCCGUGUACAGUUCGCCGGAGAGUCCAAGGAGCAGGCCCUGGAGCACUGCUGCAGCUGCGUGCAGAGUCUGGCCCAGUACAUAACCGUUGAGGUGCCAGACAGUAUGGCCCAGCUAAGUCCUGGCCUGCUGUGGGCAGGGGACCGCCAAGGGAGAGACGGUGAACAGAGCGUAGCGCUGCAGCCUGGGCAUCUGCACAGACGGGGCGGGAGCACUGAGAAAAGCUGUUGUCAGUACAGAGCCAGUACGGUGCAUACCGGCAGCUGUCAUUUCUCACCGGUCACUUGCAAUAGAAACCAACCCCCGGAGCAGGCAGCCCUGGCAUCCUACAGGACACCAGCUGUCUGACAGCACCUAAGUGGUGCUUGAACUGCAAGCUGAACUGGCCUCUUCUCCCCGGACAUCACAGUGGACACUUUAGGGUCAUUCAGAUGGGUGUCUGGUGAAUGUAUUCUCUGAAAUGAAAGAUGUGAGCCUCUCACUUCCCGGGUGACAAUGUUUUUGUUUUUUUGUUUUUCUCCGGUACCGGGAACCGAACUCACGACGUUGCGCUUGCCAGGCAG